AUGGCUUUCGUCACCAAGAAGGACUCUGGAGUGAAGACGGUGGUGAAGGGCUUCCUCACGGGUGGCACCCAAGCUGCAAUCACCUAUCCCACCGAGUACGUGAAGACGCAACUGCAACUGCAAUCGAAGGCAAACCCUGAGUAUGCGGGUAUUAUCGACUGUGCAAAGAAGACGAUGGAACAACAUGGUGUGAAAGGCCUCUACCGAGGCGCAGGCGUUCGGAUUAUUGGGGCUGGCUUCCAGCAGAUGUGCAGGUGGGGCGCCUACACCAACCUCACCCAGGUCUUCCGUGAUCCAGAGACCGGCAAGCUGAGUCAAAUGAACAACGUGAUUUGCGGCCUGGGUGCUGGCAUUUGCGAGGCGGUCUGUGCCGUGACACCGGUGGAGACCGUGAAGACACGAGUGACCGACGACCAGCGAAGAGGAACUGGUAACUACAAGGGCUCUGCAGAUGCCAUCGUGAAGAUCCUGAAAUCCGAAGGGCCCAUGGGUCUGUACCGAGGUGCGUUCCCCACGAUUUUGAAGCAAGGCACCAACCAGGCCGUCAGGAUGCCAUUGCAGGUCGCCAUCUUCGGCGUCAUCUCCUUUGGCGACGAGUCGCAGAAGCAGAACCCCUUGAUGAACGGGGCCGCCGGCUUUUUGGCGGGCUGCGGCUCGGUGCUGCUCACGCAGCCCCAGGACUGUGUGAAGAGCCGAAUGCAAGGUGAGGCGGCGAAGGAGCUCUACUCCGGCACCGUGGACUGCGCGAUGAAGAUGUUGCGACAGGAGGGCCCCAGCGCGUUCUUCUCUGGAGCAAUCCCCCGAUGCGUACAGGUGGGCAUGACCAGCGGUAUCAGCUUUGCUCUCUUCCCAGUGAUCAGCACCGGUGCUGAGAAGAUCCGAGGGGAGCUCUCCGGGAUUGGCCCGGUGCAUGUGGCUGCUCAACAGGGCGAUGUGGGCCUCUUGCGCUCGAUGUGCGCGGAGAGCUUGCGGCAGACAUUCCGGGGCACCACGGCCUUGCACCUGGCGGCUGCCAGCAACCAGCUACGGGCCAUGGACGUCCUGUCGCAGGCCUUCCAGGAUGUGGACGCGAGGGACGCGCGGCAGCGGACGCCGUUGAUGCACGCGGUGGCGGCUCGGGCACCCGAGGCAGUGGUUUGGCUGGCCAAGAGGAGGGCAGAGCUCGGGGCAGUCGACUCGGAUGGCCUCAGCCCGCUGCAUUUGGCGGCCACCACCAGCGGCGGCUCAGGCGCUGCAGCGAGCGGCGCGUCGAUGGCAGCGCUGCUGGCGACGCUGGGCGCUCCGGUGGAGCUGAAGGACGCUGAAGGGAGGACGGCACUAGGUGCUGCCGUGGAUGCGAACCGCUUGGAAGUGGUCGAGCAGCUGGUGCUCUCGGAUGCCUUGCUGGGCAGUACCCACCCCGCUGAGAUCAAGCGUGAGGCGCUCUUGCGCACUGGCGGCGGCGGCGGCGGCUGGGUACGGCGAUGUUUGGAGCAUCAGGUGGGCUGCCACCAGCUCCUGCCAGGCCAGUUUGGCUUCUUCAGUUGUGGACCUCCACAACCUUGUGGUUGCGGGCCCGAGCAGGUGCAGACCCAUCCACGGGAGCUCUCGCUGCUGUCGGGCGUCUUGGCGCUGCUGGGUGCCUGGAGGCUGCUGAAGCUGGAUCUGGAAGGUGAUGCUGAUGAGGUGACUGAGAUCCUUUGCAUUAUAGCCAUGGGCUGCACGCUGGCAGGCUACGUGUGCUUCUUCAUGGCCGCCUGUCGUUCCGCGGCUCCGGCGCCCGGCGCAGCACCGGAGAUGCCCGGCGCGGAGGAGGGUUACGAGCUGGCACUGCGGCAUGCGGCCGCUGUAACCUGGAACAGCCCGGAAGAGCUCUUCCAAUGGUGGGGCACCAAGGCGCCGAUGAUCCACGAGCUGAGAAUGCUGGGCCCCGAGCGGUCCAAGUUCUGUUCAGCGACGCGGCGCAUCGUGCCUGUCUUCGACCACUACUGCGCCUUCCUGCGAAACUCGGUGGGCCAAGGCAACUAUGGGGCCUUCUUCGGCUGCAUCUCUCUGGCAGUUUGCACGUGCAUUUGUUUGGUUUGGGCUGCAUGGCGCCUGGACUGUCUAGUGCUGGUGGGCUUUUAUGUGGCGAUGGCACUGGCACCGACAGUGCUUGUGGCCUUUCACAUAGCGCUGAACUGCUUCGGGUUGACGACCUGGGAGAUGCUUCAAAUCAGCAAGCAGAGGCCGGUGCCUUACUUGCUGGACGAGCAGGGCCAAUAUCAGAACCCCUACGACCGAGGCUUCCUCCGCGUCUCGGGAGACGACAGACGGACCGGUGAAACGGAACGUGGACCCAUCGGAUUCAUCGGAACUCCAGUGAGAGAAUACGCCACACUGGUUCAUCGCCGGGUUUACUUAAGUGCAUGGCUGUCCUGA